CGAGCGCGGCCGGACGCCACGCACGGGACCAGCGCGGAGCGGCGCAGGCAGCGCGGCGGACGGGCGGGCGGCGGAAGAGCCGUGGGGAGCCCCGGGGCGGCGCCGUGCGGUGGCGGAUGGAGCUGGUGGCGGGGUGCUACGAGCAGGUGCUGCUGGGGUUCGCCACGCGGCCCGGCCAGUCCUGGACAGUCGUCCCUGAUUUCACACAUCAUGCCCAUUCUGCCUCGUUGUCAGCAGUAGCAGUGAAUAACAGAUUUGUGGUCACUGGGAGCAGAGAUGAGACAAUCCAAAUCUAUGACAUGAAAAAGAAGAUAGAACAUGGGGCUCUGCUACAGCACAAUGGCACAAUAACUUGUUUGGAGUUCUAUGGGACUGCACAUCUACUGAGUGGGGCUGAGGAUGGACUCAUUUGUAUCUGGAACGCAAAGAAAUGGGAGUGUCUGAAAUCCAUUAAGGCACAUAAGGGACAUGUGACAUCUCUUUCUAUUCAUCCUUCUGGGAAAUUAGCAUUGUCAGUCGGAACAGAUAAAACAUUAAGAACUUGGAAUCUUGUUGAAGGACGAUCAGCCUUCAUCAAAAACAUAAAGCAAAAUGCACACAUAAUUAAAUGGUCCCCUGAUGGCGAGAAGUAUGUGACUGUGAUAACAAACAAAGUGGAUAUCUACAGACUUGACACAGCUACAAUCACAGGCACCAUUACAACAGAGAAGAGGAUUUCUUCACUUAGAUUUAUUACAGAUUCUAUCCUUGCCAUAGCUGGAGAUGAUGAAAUUAUUAGGUUCUACAGCUGUGACUCUCAAAAAUGUCUAUGUGAAUUUAAAGCUCAUGAAAACAGAAUAAAAGAUAUUUAUAGUUUUGAAAGAGAAGGACAGCAUGUUAUUGUUACUGCAUCCAGUGACGGUUACAUUAAAAUGUGGAAUCUGGAUCUUGAUAAGAUUAAAGAUGGGCCAUCUUUACUGUGUGAAGUCAAUACCAAAGCUAGGCUGACAUGUCUUGCAGUAUGGCUUGACCGAGCCUCAGAAAUUAAAAACUCUGAUAAAACUGCAACAUCAUCUCAAGGUAAACAGAACUUUGUUUUUUGAAUUGUUAAUGUGACCAUGAAAUGAAGUACACUAAGUGGGAGGUUUCUACCAUAUCCAUUGGAAAAUGUUCUGGUAUUUUGAAGAAGUGGGAAUAUGAUGCUGGCAAGCGAUACAGAUACAUUUAACAAUCUGAUAGUGUCUCAAGCCCAUAUGUUUGUUGGUGAACAUAAGCCUCUUUUCACUUUUUUUGAAGUUUUCUUUCUGUUUACUGGAAUAACAUACUGAGGAAGCCACUGUGACCCUUUUGAGACAGAUAAGAAAAUAAAGUUGCUAGAACUGCAUGUCUAGUUUUUCUAUAAGCAAAAUUAGGCCUGAGGCCACUGUAGCUAGGUAAACUUACAAAGUCUAGCUCAGAUUUGUUUGGGUUUUCUGCUGUUGUUUUCCUGCAUUGUAAUCUAUUUUAUAUACUUGAUCUUUAUAUAUUUUAAUUUCUCAGGCAAAACUAGCAUAAAUAGCACUUUCCACUGUAAAAUAAAAAGCUAUUUAUAACCCCUUUUUUUUUUAAAUGAGGUACAAAUUAGUCUCUGUGCCAUUUAGACUACAAAGACUGGAUACAAAGGUCAGUGUGAAUAAUUCCUUCCUUUUUUUCAGAAACAGAAGAUGAAAAAUCAUCAAUAGCCAGAAUAGACAAAGAUUUUUGGACUACUAAAAGGGUCAAAAUAGCAAAAAGAAAGAGAAAAAUUAUUCCU